AUGAUUAUUAAGUUUCCGAAUAAUUUUUCAUUCAGAGGUGUCCAAAUUGAGAAUUUCAAAUCAAAAGAAGAUAUUGUUCAGUACGCUUAUCCAUUACUCAGCAAAAUAAUCACAAUUAAGUCAUCAACAGUCAUUGCAGAGAAAAUAAUGCAAAUUUUACUUCCAACGAAAGGAACAUUUAGCAUGAUAUGUGAUUCAUUCAUCACAUUCCUUCUGACUACCAUCCAAACAUUGAACACAUCUCCACCACUUUCAUAUUCAUUAGGAAUUCGCCGCCUCAUUGCAACAAAUCAAGGAAUUCCAUGUGUUGAUUUCUUCAAAGAAUCAUCUAUUGUUUUUUGGAUGAAAGUUGACACAGUUCUUGCAUCACAAAUCAGUACACGAACAUCUAUAUUCAACACAUAUAUAGAUGACAUCGAAAUCUUAGAGCUUUAUAUUAUACAAAACAUUUUAUUCCUUGAUUUACAACAUUUCUAUCUCAAUUCGGAAUAUAUUUCCAGAACAAGCGAAGAUAGUGAGAGUAUACAGUUUAAAUUAAAUACAUGA